UAAUGGCAAAUAUUAGUCAAAGCAUAGAUGACAUGACUGAAUGUGAGUGUGUGUAGGUGCAAGGACUGCCAAACGAAGCUCCCUGCUGGUAUAUUGGAAGUCUCUUCUAGGCAUCACAUGUAAAAAGGAUUACAUCUUGCCAUUUUUCAUGAAAAGUGUCCUCAUUUGUGGUUACAGGAUGACGAGAAUGGGUCGAGACCUGCUGGGGAGUUGCUCUCGCUGUCUCAUCCUCUUCUGUGUCUUUGCCGUGGUAACACUGGUGCAACAUAUCCAUUACGAGAAGCUCUACAUUGAAAGUGGGCAACAAUUUAGCCGACUGUGCAGACAUGACGCAGGCAACUGGAGCAGAUUAAACCUGUCAGACGAUUUCCCACUGAUGCCUGCAAGAUUUAGGAGGGAAAGGUCUCAGGAGGCCUUGAAUGGGGUUUUGGAGUUCAAUUCCACUUCGUGUCAAUUGCUGAGGAAGGAAACCAUGGAUGUGAAGGCCCUUUCUAUGGUGACGACCACAGAGUUGUUUCAGAAAUGGAGAAAUUUGCAGGUGUGCAAGUGGGAGCAGAACAAGGAGGAGACCAACAACAUCAAAACAUCUCUGUCUGAGUGCUGUAAUGCACCCUCCCUCCUGUUCACCACUAAGCGCAACACGCCGUCAGGCACCAAGCUGCACUAUGAGGUCACCAGCAGCGGAGCUCUGGACAUCAACCCCGCCAUAUUUAAAAUGUUCCCUGAUGACAUGCCUUAUUCAAGAUCACAGUUUAAGCGCUGUGCUGUCGUUGGGAAUGGAGGCAUCAGCAUAGACAGCAAGUGUGGAAAAGAGAUAGACUCAGCUGACUUUGUGUUCCGGUGCAACGUUCCACCCAUUUCUGAUGAAUACUCAGCCGAUGUGGGAUCUAAGACUGACAUUGUCACCAUCAACCCAAGUAUCAUCACGGAGAGGUUCCAGAAGUUAGAGAGAUAUCGCAAGCCCUUCUUCAAAGUUCUGCAGUCUUACAAGAACGCCUCCAUCGUACUGCCCGCCUUCUACAGCAGGCACCUCACUGAGAUCUCCUUCCGCGUCAAGUACACGAUGGAAGACCUCGGCUCGCCACGCGGCGUCUACUUCUUCCACCCGCAGUACCUGAUCAAGGUCCAGCAGUUCUGGGCGCAGCAGGGUGUGAGUGCCAAGCGCUUGAGCACCGGACUCAUGCUGGUCAGUGCCGCCAUGGAGCUGUGUGAGGAGGUGCACCUGUACGGCUUCUGGCCCUUCCCCACAAAUCCGGCGGGCACCUUCAUCACGCACCACUACUACGACAACGUCAAGGGGCGGCCGGGCUUCCACGCCAUGCCGGAGGAACUCUUCAACUUCAUGCAAAUGCACAUACGCGGCAUCCUGCACCUGCACACACAGCCCUGCAGCUGAUCGCCCAAAACACAAAGAGGAGUGGAGAGAUGAGGCAGCAUGGGUACUCACACACACAUACACACACACACACUGAUGGAUGGACAUGGACACACACACAUACAGUAUACAGACACACACACAUAUACUUAUACAGACACAGACACACAGACACAUAUACAGACAGACACCUAUACGGACACACACACAUACACACACACACACACACAUAUACUGCACAUACUGUAUACAGACAGACACCUAAACGGACGGACACACACACACACACACACAGAUAUACAACAUACAUAAAUACAUACACACACGCACACACAUACAAACCAAUAGAGGCGCCACGCUACAGUACUCGAUAGUUUCAAUGAGGAAUAGCCUAGGAUGCAUCAAUCUCUUGUCAACUUGUUGAUAAGUAAAUAGAAUGGCCACUAAUCAUACCACUUUCUUGAACUGUAGUCAUGGUAACCCUAUUGGUAAAGGUCAUAUUUUUUGUAUUGUGCUUUCGUUCAUGUUGAAAUAUUGGUUUGAAAUAAUAAUAAAAAAAACUACAA